AUGGCUUGGUUUUUUGCCUUUCCUACACAUAAGGAACAGGUCCUGUGGCGCAUCAGUGCCGUCGCUAUAACUUGCACACCCUCCCUUGAAUUUCUUUCGCCUGCAAUCGGUAGCGUCAGAGGUAAUGUUGUCAUUGCUGGUAUAAUAAUUGUUGUUAUGAUUAUAUUUCCCCUGUUGUACAUUGUAUCUCGUGCUAUGCUCUUGGUACUUAUGUUCACGACAUUACGUCAUCUUCCCGUUGACGCAUACACGACGGUGUCGUGGAUUAGUUUGGUGCCGCACUUGUAGUUUGCUUACUGUCAUACUUUUGUAAUCAUACUCAGGAUUACACGCGUUGUCGUAGCACG